AUGGAUUCCAAGAGUCGAUAUGACUCUUCCAUAUCGUUGACGAAAUGUUUUGGUUCAUUGCCAUUUCUUGUGGCUUUUCCUAUUAUAUUCCUAUCCCAUAGUCUAAGUACUUCAUUUGAGUACUCAUAUGAAAAUACAGUUCUACUAAAUAUAUUCCUUGCUUCCAUUAGUCUAACGAUAGUAAUAUUAGCAUUCCGUAUGAAUGUACUACCAAUAAGCAGAACAAAUUCACUGUCUGGAGAACCAAGUAAAUUCAACACUAUUUAUUUACUAUCAACUUUUUAUAUCAUUUUCACAUCAGCGUCAUUCAUGCCAGCAAGUAGAAUUGCCAUAUUGUAUUUUGGAUUAUUCUUAAAUGCAUGGAACUUAUAUACCCCAUUAGCUUUUGUCUUUGAUUGUUAUUCCAAUUACAAGGAGUUCUAUGGGUUGCAUGUUUUCCUUACAUAUGGGUUGGUGUUACUUGGGUUCAACUUGAUUUCACGCAAGUUGAGACUGACAUCCGUGUCCAACUUGUUGUCAUCAGUAGAUAAGCCAACUGUCUUUGGGAUUCUGAUUUUGGGAGCCAUCGCACUUGUUUUGUAUAACCCAUCUGCAUUUAACUUUAGUAUGAUUGGUGUUUGUAUUGCGACAUUUAUUGUUGUUAUUAUCUCCUUGCAAGAAUUCCAAAUGAGAGACACAAGAUUAUCUGCAGUUCUUAUUUCAGUAAUUGUGGAAACAUUGAUGUAUGUUGUGUUAUCAAGACCACCAUCUUUACAACAAUUAAUUAAUAUUUGUCUUGCUAUAGUAAUUACCCCAGAUAAAUCAUACCUUUUUGAAGAGCACGAAUUUUGCUCUCAAAACCGUCCCGGAUCACCAAUUUUAAAAGAAUUAAUGGAGCAUUCUGAUACAAGAGCCAUUUUUAAUUUCCUUUUGUUGAAUGCCACUUUUAUGUUUGUUCAGUUUUUGUAUUCGUUUAGAUCAAAAUCAUUGGGAUUAUUGUCAGAUUCAUUACACAUGGCCCUAGAUUGUAUGUCAUUGAUUUUGGGUCUUAUAGCUGGGGUUUUAUCGAAGCAAGAGAUUGACCCCAACGGGAAAUACCCAUUUGGAUUAAAGAACUUUGAGAUUUUGGCCGGGUUUACCAAUGGGACAUUAUUAAUUGGUAUCAGUGGGACUAUUUUCUUGGAAGCAAUUGGAAGAUUAAGCAAUCCUGUGCAUUUACAGAAGACGACUGAGUUGAUUGUUGUGUCAAUUUUGGGGUUAUUGGUCAAUCUUGUUGGUAUAUUUGCAUUUAAUCAUGGUCAUGCCCAUGGUCACGGACACAGUCAUGGACACUCGCAUAGUCAUGAUACGUCAGAACACCACCAUGAACAUUCACAUGGACAUGAACAUCCUCACAGUGAUCACCAUCAUGAUUCAAAUGAUAACUUAUUAAAACCAAAAUCAGAUUCUCAUGAUCAUAUGAAUGAUAAUAUGAGAGGAAUUUUUCUCCAUAUAAUUGCUGAUGCAUUAGGGUCUGUGGGAGUUGUUAUUUCUACAAUCUUAACUAAAUGUAUUCAUUGGGAUGGGUUUGAUCCUAUUGCAUCAAUAAUCAUUGCUACUAUGAUCUUUGUAUCUGCUGUUCCAUUAGUGAAAUCUACUGCUUCGACAUUACUCUUAAGUAUUUCCAAACCUAAGGAGGACGAAAUUAGAAAUACUUUACGUGAGAUCACUCAAAUAAAAGGUGUUAAAUCUUUUACAACCCCUAGAUUUUGGCCAGAUAACAAUAAACAUAUUUCUGGGUAUGUUCAUGUUCAAGUUUAUCGUGGUGAAAAUACAUCAUAUAUUAAAAAACAGUGUGAAAAAAUGUUUGAAAGCAGACACAUGGAUGUAAUGAUUCAAGUUGAAAACGAUUAUGAUGACUGUUGGUGUCGUUCAUAG